CACACUUUCGGCUUUGUUUAAGAAGACCGCCUCUCUCUCUUUGUCUCUGUCCAACAGUUUCUUUUCCCCUACUUUCCUCAUUUUCUUCGUAACCUUUCGAGUAUGAAGGAUUUGCAUCUUAAUCUCAGAUUUCUUGAGAUCUUUCUCAGACUUUCUAUACUUCCCCUCACCAUUGCCUCAGCAUUCACGGUGGUGCAGACAAAGGAUUCAACCGAUCAAUAUGGCAAGGUUGAGUUCACCAAUAUCUCUAGCUUCAAGUUCUUGUUCUCAAUGAACUGCAUCUCUGCACCCUAUGCUCUAAUCUCAGCAACCCUCUUGAUGAGCCUAAGAGAAAACAGAACUACAUGGAGUUUCUUUCUUCUAGACCAGCUGAUAGCUUAUUUAAUGGUGACAUCAAGUUCAGCAGCAGCAGAGCUUCUGUAUCUGGCUCAUGAGGGAGACAGAGAGGUCUCAUGGAGUGAGGUCUGCAGCUACUUUGGGAAGUUCUGUAGCAAAGGAGAAACCUCACUGGUUCUCCAUUUUCUUGCUCUUCUCUGCUUCAUUUGUCUUUCUUUGAUCUCGGCUUUAAGGGUUUUCAGAAAGUUUGAACCUCCUUCAGUUUCUGCCAAAGAAGAGGGGAGACAAGGCAGUGAUUUGCAUUGAUGAAGCUGUGAUUAGAAGGGAGUGUUGGGCUUUUCUUUGUAAAUGCUUAUGUUUUACUUCAUAUGUAAAGAAAAUCAUAUUUGUGGCAAUCAUAUGGAGCUCAACUUUUGCUUUA